CGAGGGCGUACACACACUAGCACUCUCGUUAAUGUAUCUGACUGCAUUUAAGGCCGCAUGUUGAUGCAUCUGGCCGCAAUUCCGUUCCGAAAUAAGUAGACAGGUCCUAAUGUCUAUCUCUGUCUCUGUCUUUUCUCAACCUCCCCCCAGCUGCAGCUUUUUUGACAGCAGCAGGAGGCUCAUGAUGCCGUUGUGCACCUGACCAAGAGAUCAAGUCCAGACGCAGCAAGUCCAGGUGUCCUGUAUCGAAGGUGCGAAGGCAUCACCACCUGUUUCACAGUUUUAUUCUGACAAAAAGCCUGCCAUGAUGAAUGGACACGUCAAUGAUGAGGAUGACGUGUCGUCGACAUCAACGGAGACGAUGCCAAGCAAUAGGAGCCCAGAGCCACAGCAUCCAGUCUCUGCAUCGUCGUCGUCCACAGGGGUCUCGUCAGCUUCACGAGGCCUGCCGAAGACGAGACUAACUCGAUUGUUGUUUGGAAAAAACAGCGUUCAUGAUAUUCUUGGGGGGGGAAACUUUGCCAAUCUUUUGCUGUGGCGCUCUGCCCUUCUCAGCGGGGCCGUUUUACUCUUCCACACUCUAGUAUGGGCCUUCUUCUUCUUCUCGAAUUGGACAUUGGUCUCACUCAUGUCGACCGUGCUUAUGGUCAGCCUGACGAAUGCGACACAUGUCAUGGACCGUCUGCCUGAUACUCUUCCUCUCCUCUUGUUGAAGGAAUACGAGGUGAAGAGAAUAGCAACAAAUGUCCGUCCUUUGACGAACGAUGUUCUCGCGUUCGUUCAUCGUCUCGCUGUGGGCGGCAACCUGAAGCUGGUCUUGAAAGCCAUGCUGUAUCUGUAUAUCGGUGCCAAGAUAGGUGCUUGGUUUGACUUCUUCACCCUUCUUUACGUGCUUCUGCUGCUGUCAUUUGUGGUGCCAAAGCUGUACGAGAUGUACGAGACUGAUGUAGAUCGUGUGGCAGACCUUGCGUACGAGAGAUCGAAGGGCUACUACAGCCGUGCGGGCAACGCAGGGAGACUGGCUGCUGCUGCCGCAGUAGCGAAGGCAAAGGCACAGGAUGUCAACAGCAAGUGUUCGAUGAUGCGUAGCAAAGCACACCGGUGUAGUCGAUUGUUAGCAAGCAGGUAAAAAGACGGGUGGAGAAUUGGGAGGUGUAGGGAAGUAGGAGGAAUAGAAGGAAGUGGGGAAAAGUAGGGGCCAAGAAUGAGGCAAGGUGGGAUGGGAAGUUGCUGAUGCCCCAUGGGUUGGUAGAGUUGCGAGUGAAAGUGGUUGUUGAUUGUCAUUGCAGAGUGGAAUGAGGUGGAGGGGGCAGAGUGCGGGAGGUGCUGGUUAGGUUUGCUGAGAUGGCGAGUAGCUAUGUAGAAUGGCAGAUUGUAAAAGAGUAGUGGCCGAGGUUGCUAUGGUGAUCUUUAUCUUGGUCGGCGUGUUUGACUAUUGGUGCCCAUUUUGAGGAUAGUUUGAUUGGGCAGCUAGACACAAUGAGUGCGCGUUUGGAAGACGGUUCGUACUAGUGCAGAAUUUGAGGUGGUUGAUCUCCCUGGAAAGGUUCGAACCACCAGUGUACCUCCAAGCGUCUUUUUCCCGACGCAGAUUUGCACCGCGCCCUAGAGGGAGAGAGGAAUUGCUGGUGGCGCACUUUGUUUUUUUUCUCUUUUGGUUGGCGCUGCCAACCAUUUUGGUCUGGUAGCACCGGUCAUCUGAAGAACCCGGCUUGACGCAAUUUCGAUUCUCAAGCGUGCGUGGGAGAGCUACUUGGGUUUAUGGUAAAUGGUCCUGCGGUGCAGUAGGCGGAGGACAGCAACAUGAUGACCAACCCUCUUUUAAUGCUUUUGAUUUCUUGAUUCCGAAGGAGUGAGAAAGGACACUAGAAAUCUCUGUUGUUGUCGUUUUGUUCCAAGGAAUGUAAGUUUGUAGUCACUAGAAGAUUAGUGGUGUGGAGUAGGUUUGUGUGUUUGUCAGAGGGAGUGUGUGUGUGUGUGUGUGUGUGCCAAGUGUAGAGAGAGAGAGAGAGAGAGAGAGAGAGAGAGAGAGAGAGAGAGAGAGAGGCGUUUUGCUUGUCAUGGUUUCUAGAUCUCUGCUGGUUACAGAAGAAAGGGGUAGGAUUGAACAGUGCUCUUGAAUGCUGAUGUUUUGCGGACACUUUCAUUCUCAUGCGCAAAGGAUCCCGUUAGGUUGCAGCAGUGUUGCUGCUGGUGCUUCUUUUUUCAGGAUGAAUGGAGUGGUUUCACUAAUGCAAGCAUGACUAUGUGGCACCUAAGUGCCAACCGUUGAUGUCUGACUUCCAUAUGUGAACAUUACAUGGACUGUUCCGUGUUUUUCGCUGCCCUUGGUAAAGGUUCAGCGAGGUUGUGAACUCAUGUUCUUCUGUCAUGGCGCUUUCCUGUGCGAG